AUAUUUCAUCGUAGCAACUCAAAGAAAUGGCGAUGGCGACUGUGCGAUCUGCUUUCCUUCGAACUGCCCUUCGCGGUGGCUCUCGCGCUCCUGCUCCCCCUAAGCGUGGCUUCGCCUCCUCCUCCCAUCACGACGAUGCUCGUGAAACUGCGAAGUGGGAGAAGAUAACUUAUCUUGGCAUUGCUACAUGCACGGUUUUAGCCAUUUAUAACCUCUCAAAGGGUCAUCCUCACCAUGAGGAGCCUCCUCAAUACCCAUAUUUGCACAUUCGCAACAAGGAGUUUCCAUGGGGUCCUGAUGGUCUUUUUGAGAUGAAGCACCACUAGGAUAACCAAUGACCCUGUUGGAUGCUGAUAUGUUCUUAAAUACUUGUUUUAGUACAUUUCUCCUCAUUUGUCAUACAGAUGAAUUUCAUAAUCAUGGAAAUUUCCAUGGAUGUUAAUGUUGGCAAUUCCAUCUGGCUUUCUAGAUUUCAAGACUUGCAGACCAAGUUGUUCUGGGUUUCUGUUGGUUGUGGGGAAUAAGAAUAUGAGUUAUUGAUGGUUAACUUUGCAACUUGUCCUUCAUGAAUCUGAAUAUUCCAAUGAUUUUUGGAAUCAGGGGGUUGUCUUUUCUCAAUACCAGAACAAAUUUUCUUCAAAAUUUCAAUAACGAGUAAUGAAUGUUUUAUUUUUCU